ACAGGGCGGGGUUGCGCCAUUUUGAAUGUUGAGAGAAGUGUAGGAGGAUAGAGCUGUGAGGAGGGUGGGUUGCAGGAAGAAAGCCUUAAGAUCUUAAGAUUUAGACGUAAACGAAAGGACUACCGAAAAGAGCUUCUUUCUGAGGUCCGUCUCCAGACGAACUGCUAGCAAUAAAAAAAACCAAAAUCCGGCAAAGUUAUCUGGACAGUUCUGUUACCAAAAAUUAGCAGCAGCAAGCGAAGAAUAUCACGUCCAAGCACUUUUAUUUUGAAAAACUGCAUUUCCGGCGACACUCUUGGAAAUCUUGCUCUGGUCGCUGCCUUCACACUGCUUAUCAAGACUAGGGUCCGACAUCGCCACUCUCGCCAUGGCAGGAGCCGGAGGCGGGGGAAACGAUGUGCAGUGGUGCUUUUCACAAGUGAAAGGUGCGAUCGAUGAUGACGUAGCCGAAGCCGACAUCAUCUCUACUGUGGAGUUCAACCACUCAGGGGAGCUGCUAGCCACAGGGGAUAAAGGCGGUCGAGUUGUCAUCUUUCAGCAAGAGACUGAGAACAAGAGUCAGCCACAGUGCCGUAGUGAAUACAAUGUUUACAGCACAUUUCAGAGCCACGAGCCUGAGUUCGACUACCUGAAGAGCUUGGAAAUCGAGGAAAAGAUUAACAAGAUCCGCUGGCUACCACAAAAGAACGCUGCACAAUUUUUGUUGUCUACAAAUGAUAAAACUAUAAAGUUGUGGAAGAUCAGUGAACGUGACAAGAGACCAGAGGGAUACAAUCUUAAAGAGGAGGAUGGGCGCUACAGAGAUGCUGCUACCAUCACAACUCUACGGGUGCCAGUAUUCAGGCCUAUGGAUCUCAUGGUGGAGGCCAGUCCACGGCGAGUCUUUGCCAACGCCCACACCUACCACAUCAACUCCAUCUCUGUCAACAGCGACAACGAGACCUAUCUGUCUGCAGACGACCUUCGCGUCAACCUGUGGCACUUAGAGAUCACAGACCGCAGCUUCAACAUUGUGGACAUAAAACCAGCCAACAUGGAGGAGCUGACGGAGGUGAUCACAGCUGCAGAGUUCCACCCUCACCAGUGUAACACGUUUGUCUACAGCAGCAGCAAAGGCACCAUCCGACUGUGUGACAUGCGUGCGUCAGCACUUUGUGACAAGCACUCUAAAUUGUUUGAAGAACCUGAGGACCCCAGCAACCGCUCUUUCUUCUCUGAAAUCAUCUCCUCUAUCUCAGACGUGAAGUUCAGUCACAACGGCCGCUACAUGAUGACCCGAGAUUACCUGUCUGUCAAAAUCUGGGACCUCAACAUGGAGAAUCGACCCGUUGAGACAUACCAGGUUCACGAGUACCUCAGGAGUAAGUUGUGCUCUCUCUAUGAGAACGACUGCAUCUUUGAUAAGUUCGAAUGCUGCUGGAACGGAAAUGACAGCGUGGUGAUGACUGGAUCCUACAACAACUUCUUCCGAAUGUUGGACCGCAGCCAGCGGCGGGACGUCACCCUGGAGGCUUCGCGCGAGAGCUGCAAGCCUCGGCAGGUCCUGAAGCCACGCAGGGUUUGUGCGGGCGGCAAGCGAAAGAAGGAUGAGAUCAGCGUGGACAGCCUGGACUUCAACAAGAAGAUCCUACACACCGCCUGGCACCCGCAGGAAAAUAUCAUCGCCGUGGCAACCACCAACAACCUCUACAUCUUCCAGGAAAAAGUGAACUAAUACUGUCGUCAUGGGGAAAGAAAACCUCCGAACCUCUCUCUCUCUAUGUGAAAAUGAAAAAAAGAACUAGCAAAAAUCAUUUCUGUGACAGCCACCAUCAUCACAUAACCAACCUUGGCCUACUCCAGGACAGAAUGAACUAGUCGAGCCAGCUAGCGGCUGCCAAUACUGAGUAAACUGGUUCAAACUGGUCUGGAGAAGAGCGCAACCUGGCCUCGGCCUCUGUGGCACCAUGACACGCGCCUUGCUCUGGUGAUGUUGUGCCAACCUGUGUCUGUACCCUCCAUCCCUUUCCCUUUACCCACAAGUCCGAGCCCAGGGAUGAAAUGGGCAGCAAUCUGACAGAUUUCAACCAUGCGUAUUUUUUCCUUUUUUUUUUCUUUUGUUUUUUGGCUUUGGUUUUUUCAAGUUGUCUGUAUAAAAACUAAUUUGAACUCAUGUGGAUGUGUCCCUGUGUCCUUUAAUCCUCCAUAUGUUUUUCGUGCCAUUGUAACCGUUUUUAAUCUUCUCAGAGAAACUGCCAAGUUGUUUAGUUUGUUUUAAUUCUGUUUCAAGAAUAAGUGUUUAUUUUUUUUGGUUUUAGAUUUAUUUUUUUAGUUUACUACUUUUUACAUUUCAUACUGUCCCGUUACACUCCAUUACAGCUACAAAAGGUUUCGGUUGUUUCUUUUCAGAUAUCCACACCGUCACCAUCACAUUGGCCCAAAGAGCUUUUCCUGUUCUUUUAUUUGUGGCGCAGACGGCAUUGCCGUGUUUGCUGUAGUAGUUUAACAUCUACACUUGUUUAAGCACAUACACUCCAGUUGGACUGCUCGCUCAUGUUCGAGUCAUUCAGCCUUACAGGGUUUAUUUUCCUUUGUGAUUCAUGCCCAAUUUCUGUCUUCACUCUCUCUAUCUCAAGAGUUACAAGUUGAGAAAGAUUAUAGAGAUUAUGAUAUCAAAAUGGUAUUUAUAAACGGAACAAACAAUUAAACAAGAGUUGUGUCCUCUUCUUUGAA